UGAUCUAUGUUUGGCACUGUAUUUCUAAUUAUAUUACUACUGGCAUUAAGGAAACCAUAGAAUCCUUCAGAAUAUAUGUUUCUUAAUUUCUGAAAUGAAUGCAGAAUGGGGUCCCAAGUGGCCCUUCUGGUGACAAGAUGAUUAUUAUGUUCACAGUUAAAACCACUGACCAAGCACAGAGUCUAAGGAAUGCUGACCAGGGAAAAUGAUUUCUCCCCGAAUUUCCACAAAGAAGGAAUCCACAAUUUUAAUCUUCCAUCCUAAGGGAACAGAGAAUGUCCCCAGGGGAGAGUCUCCCCACUAUAACCCUGACCCAUAUCAAUGACUGUUUCUUUAUCUCAUUGUCUACCCACAGGAGCACGCACUGCCCUCAUCCUACGUGCCUUGCUUCCACAAGGGCCCCACGGGGUGAUUCAGGUAAAUACCCAGAAUCAGGAUGUUAGUCGGAGUAUCUUCCUCUCAGGCCAGGCCUGCGGUGGCUGCCCUGAGUAAUGCAGCAGGGAUAUGUAAAGUGCAGAGAACUCUAGAAAAGGUAGAGUAUGCUGACUAGGUCAGGUGGAGGCCCAAACCAGAGCCUUUCAGAUGAAGUUUUAUCCAAUCAGAAAAAGGAGUCUAAGCUGACACUUGUGUUGCUACUAGAAAGUCUGUGUGAGGAGGCCUGUGAGACAGGGAAAUCCCCAAGUCUGAUGCAGCCUCCACUGUACAGGCCCAGAACAGAAUCGAGGGAAUUUCCCCCCUUAGGACAGGAGGUAGGGGAUGCGCCAGAGUUUUCUGCUUAUUCUGAGGGACCCUGAGGUAGAUGCUGAGGGAACUGAAGCACCUUUAAGAUCUUUCUUUGACCAUUCUUCUUUGGCCCCCAAUCCUACUUCAGGUCUGAGUUUGAUGUUCCUUCUUUAUGUUUCCCUCCCACCAUGGAAACCUUUACUUUGUAGUUAUCUUGAUCCUGAGUAUACCACUGCUAGUGGAAGCCCAGCGAUGAAUUUCCCAGUCUCAGGUGCUCUGGAACUAUGCACCCAAUACAGAAUACUGGAAUAACUCACUGCCUCCAUGUGUCAUUAAUGGAAACUUCUCGUUAUCCCUUCCCUAUUUCUUUUUACCUGGUGGACUCCUUAAAUUCUGCUUUUAGAUCCUGUAGUUUAUUUUAGAAGGAGAACUAAAAUACAGAGAAGAGAGAGAGGGAGGGAGAGAAAAAGAGAAGGGGAGAGAUACUUAUUGUCUUGUCUGCCAGGUACUGUUCUAAUUACUCUGUAACCAUUUAGUACUGCCCCUAGUCAUGGGCAAGAGGAGACUGAUAAAUAACAAAUUUAUUUUAGAAAGUACAUCGAUACUUCUGCCAUCCAGGGUUUGAUGUUUAGGACUGACACAGUACAAUCUGUGGCUCUAAACAUGUGUUCCCUUAUUAACACUAUUCAGGCCCCAGGAAAUGCUUCUCCACAGCUUUUGCUCUCUAUCCUUGAAACUAAAGGUGACUGUGUCCGAAUGUUGUGAAUGUUUGUGGACUGCGCCUUUGCUGAAAUCAGAUGAAACUGUUUCAUGGUUCAGGGAAGAUUUAAGCAGCUGAAGAGCUUAUAAGGGAAAAGUCAAUAUAACUUUUCAAAUAUUUUCAUUCAAAAAGCACAGAUACAAUAGAUUCUUGCAUAAUGAAUAAGCACUUGCCAGCAAGGUGUCAAGUUUUCUGUUUGUGAUAUUCCCAAAGGAUUACACAUGAUAGCAAAGAGACAUUUUGCAAUAUUAAAGCAGUCAUAUUACUGUUAAGUUUGUAUAUAUAAAGAUCUAGAUAUAAAAUGUAUGAAACAUGAUCCACAUUUUACAAAGAGAAGCCUGAGGCAAAAAGAGGUUCAGUAAUUUCAACAAACAAAGCAGCUCAAAAUCAUUUCCCUCUCAAAGUUCUGCUCUUUCUACCACAAUUUAAGGCUCUCAGUGUCUAAGAUAAUAGAAGUGAACAUCUCUGUGACAAUAACUUUCUCUCCCCUGAUAUAUGUUCUCCACUUAUUUUUCUCUACUAAAAACCCCAAAUAUAAGAACGAUAGAUUUUAAAUAUAUAUCACCAAGGUGCCUACUCUUGAAUCAUUUUUCUUUUGGUUCUUUAAGCCCCUAAGGCAUUCAAUCUUCAGAUCUCCUAUAACAGAGAAAAUCUUCACCUCAAAGGUUCAUCUAGUGUGAUUUGACGAAGACAUAGUGCCAGGCUUUGGAUUGAGAACUUUCUCAAAAAAUCAUCUGCCCAGAGACAGAUGAGGUACUUCAGCUCCAGUGCUGAUUGGUUCCUUUCCUAGGGUCUCUCCAAUCCUACCCUGCAUGGAUGCUUUCACAGUUUCUUAUUCUCUGAAGUGGGUGCCUCAGAGUGGGUACACCAGGUGUGAGCUGUGUUGACUACCAUUUCUUAUUUCUUUGCUCUCAGUUAUGUCUGGGAUGAUGGCUCUGCAGAUCCCCAGAGGCCUUUGGACAGCAGCUGUGAUGGUGACCCUGGUGGUGCUGAGCACCCCAGUGGCUGAAGGCAGAGACUCUCCACAGGAUUUCGUGUACCAGUUUAAGAGCUACUGCUACUUCACCAACGGGACGGAGCGGGUGCGGCUGUUGAACAGAUACGUCUAUAACCUGGAGGAGUACGUGGGCUUCGACAGCGACGUGGGGGAAUUCCGCGCGGUGACCGAGCUCGGGCGGCAUACCGCCGAGUACUGGAACUCGCAGGCGGACAUCUUGGAGCAGACGCGGGCCGUGGUGGACACGGUGUGCAGACACAACUACCAGUUGGAGACCCACAUGUCCUUGAAGCGGCGAGUGAUACCCACAGUGACUGUCUCCCCAUCCAAGACAGAGGCUCUAAAUCACCACAACCUGCUGGUUUGCUCAGUGACAGAUUUCUAUCCAGGCCAGAUCAAAGUUCGGUGGUUCCGGAAUGACCAGGAGGAGACAGCCGGCAUUGUGUCCACCCCCCUAAUUAGGAAUGGGGACUGGACUUUCCAGAUCAUUGUGAUGCUAGAAAUGACUCCCCAGCAAGGAGAUGUCUACACCUGCCACGUGGAGCACCCCAGCCUCCAGAGCCCUACCACAGUGGAGUGGCGAGCACAGUCUGAAUCUGCUCAGAGCAAGAUGCUGAGUGGCGUUGGAGGCUUCGUGCUGGGGCUGAUCUUCCUUGUUCUGGGCCUUUUCAUCCGUCACAGGAAACAGAAGGGGCUCCUGCACUGACUCCUGAGGAUACUUCUGAUAUGCCUGCCUGUCCUUGCCCAGAAUUCCCAGCUGCCUGUCACCUUGUCCCUCUGAGAUUAGAGUCCUACGGUGACUCUGAUGCAGUUGCCAGGUCACCUCCUGCGAACCCCACCCCAGGGAUCUGACUGUAAUGCUGCUUCCUGCAUUGAUCCUGGAGCCUCUGCCGGUGCGAUGCCAGCAGCAAUUGCUCAGGACCCAAGGCAUUUUUUUCUGUUUCUAUUCCCCCCUACCAACUAUUCAAGAGGAGCUCAUUGAAACCAUUUACUUGCCUAUACAGCUUUAAUCAUAAUUAAACGUAUUAUGAGUUUUCUGUAUCCUGAACCUCCUUAAAUGAGUAAAGGUAGCAAAACACUGCAGAAUGAAAGAAUAUAUUUUGAGAUGACCCAACCAACCUGGGACCAGAAGGAGGGGUUGUUCUUUGAAAGGAGACUAGAAGCAUCUUAGGGUGUCAUGUAAGAGUGGGAAGAGGAGAUAAAAGAUCAUUUCAAUUGUAACAUUCUUCAUAGUUCUUUAGUAUUGAUGUUGAUUGCAGUGGCCUUAGGAUAUGCUGGCCUCUUCCAGUUUGGUGAGAAUUCUGUAAGUAAGCAUAGUGGAAUUGUUUAUGGACCGAUACACUGGCCUUGGGUCACUGAUGUUUCAAAUAUAUCCUGGCAAGUCAUAUUGA